AUGCCUGUCGUUUCGAGACCUGGCUCGCCCCAGAGGACCCCCGAGGCCGCGACGAAUCCCGAGCCGUCGAUUGCUAAUUCCCGUCUCCUCGGAGAAACCAAAUUGGCAUGUCCCAUGUCGAGCGCGUGGUUGGGUGAUAAGGUCUUCAAGAGGCAAGCCACCAUGCUCAGAACACCUGGCCAACAGAACUCGGGGCCACAUAUUUCUCCCCUGGCUCUGCACAUUGGCCUAUUGCCUAGUGAUUGCGGUGCGUCUGCGCGUAGUAAUACGGCUCAUGCCUGCCACCCGCUGGCGGGAACCGGCGACCAUGCCGCAGUCACCCUCCGGCAGAUCACCGCUGAGAAUGACGAUCUCACCGGCACAGGACAGGACUUGCUGGCAACGCCUGCAUCGGGGGCCCGCGCUGCAGGGCGCGGACGCCACCGACGACCUUUUUUUUCAACGAGGCGCGUCGUCGUCCAGACAAAAGUUCCCGUACUGCGAUCUACCAGGUUGGUCACGGGCAGCCUCUAUACUGCGACCUGGGCAAGGGGGGAUUGCAUGCCCUCUGGGGGCACCACUUUGGCCACAAUGACGAGUUACAAUCCCUCCGUCUUUGAAUCUGGAGUGAAAUGGAUCCCCGUGACCAUUGGCGGCCUGGUCGAGCCCAGGUGGGAAAUGCUUGCCGUGGGCCUUAUUUCUGCGCGGGAAGCAUCACAAGUGCCGACGCUCGCUUCAUUACCCCAUGCGGUGAAAUGA